UUUUUCAGGUACCGCUUGUUAGCGACUUUGGCAAUAACUUCAGUUUGUUAUUGCGAGUCUCCAGCAGAUGAUCCCACACUCAUAGCACGUGCUCAGGAGCUCUUGAACAAAAUAAACAAAGAGUACGGCGAGUGGAAUUACAAAGUAUCAGUUGCGGCGUGGAAUUACGCAUCAAAUCUCACUGAUCACAACUUAGCCGUUCAGUUAAAUGUAUCCGCUCAAGUCGCUGAUUAUGUCAGGGAAGUUUAUAAAGAAGUCAACGCCUUUCCUUGGAGAAAUAUCUCGGACUUUAAUAUUAGGAGACAGUUUACCGAAUUGGCGACUCCGGGAUCUGCCGCUUUGUCUCCUGAAAAGAAAUUGUUCCAGAAAUACAGGCAGUAUGAUGAAGUAGUAAACAAAAUGCAGAGUACUUACUCAACAGCAAAAGUAUGUCAGUAUAAAAAUCAAAGUAAUUGCAAUCUGGCGCUAGAGCCAGAGCUCACUGAAAUAUUGAUCCACAGUCGGGAUCCAGAAGAGUUGAAAUAUGUUUGGCAUGCUUGGAGGAACGCGUCGGGAAGAAAUGUCAAAGAAGAUUUUAUUAAGUAUGUUGAAUUGAGCAAUGAAAUUGCUAGGUUGAAUAAUUAUACUGACAUGGCGGAGUUUUGGAUGAAAGAGUAUGAAGCUGAUGAUUUUCCUCAGCAAAUUGAGGCGAUAUGGCAACAAAUAAAACCGCUGUACCUUGAACUGCAUGCGUAUGUUCGCGGUCAACUUCGUCGUAAGUACGGAGAGAGUGUUGUGUCUAAGGAUGGUCCUAUUCCAGCACAUUUACUUGGAAAUAUGUGGGCUCAGACCUGGAAUAAUAUUGCUGAGUUUACUACUCCUUAUCCGGGGAAAAAAUUACCUGAUGUUACUGAUGCUAUGGUUGAACAAGGCUACAAUGCAACAAAAAUCUUCCGAGUAGCCGAAGAUUUCUUCACAUCACUAAACUUAAGCCCAAUGCCAGACACAUUUUGGCAAAAUUCAAUCCUAGAAAAACCCGAAGGCGUAGAAUUAAUUUGUCACGCAAGUGCUUGGGACUUUUACGACGGCAAGGACUUUAGAAUAAAACAGUGUACACGUAUCAACAUGGAAGACCUUCUUACAGCUCACCACGAAAUGGGACACAUUCAGUACGACUUGCAGUACAAAAAUCAACCCACAGUCUUCAAAGACGGAGCAAAUCCAGGAUUUCAUGAGGCAGUAGGUGACACAAUAGCACUAAGUGCGUCAACCCCGGAGCAUCUCCAAGAGAUUGGGUUGCUAGAUGAUGCUUCUACAGACAAAGAAGCUGUCUUAAACCACUUGUACCUGAACAGUUUGGACAAAGUAGUCUUCUUGCCAUUCGCGUACAUGAUGGACAAAUGGCGCUGGGGUGUCUUCCAGUCGAAAAUAACUCCAGAUAAUUACAAUUGCGAGUGGUGGUCACUUGCUGAAGAGUUCCAGGGAAUUGUUCCUCCGGUAAAACGCAGUGAAGAUGACUUUGAUCCAGGCGCAAAGUACCACAUUGUCGCGAGUGUUGAGUACAUUCGGUACUUUGUCAGCUUUGUAGUCCAGUUCCAGUUUCACAGGUCACUUUGCAUUGAAGCUGGACAGUACGAUCCGCAAAAUCCACAAACUAAAGCUUUGAGCGAGUGUAAUAUUUAUGGAAGCAAAGAAGCUGGAAAAUUAUUCAAGUCUAUGCUGGAGUUGGGAUCUUCAAGACCGUGGCCAGAUGCGAUGGAGAAAAUAACCGGACAAAGAAAAAUGGACGCAAGUGAUACUUUAAUUUUUUUUUUAAUUAUUACCUUGACCAUGCGAUCUGCUUCUAAACUAUCAUCGUCAUUAUCAGAGUCAGAAAUAGUUUCUUCCCCAGCUUCCAUGUAUCCCGAAUCCUCAGAAGUUAAAUCACCACCGCCUUUUUUCUUGCUCGCCGUAGCAGCAAACGGUGUCAAGAUAUUGUUCAGCAAUUAA